AUGGAUCCAGACACCCAAGUUGAUAAAGCCUAUAGAGAUUCAGUUUUCAGCAAGCUUCGCCCACUUCCAGGAAACCAAACCUGCUUUGAUUGUACGGCAAAAAACCCAAUCUGGUGUUCAGUCAACUUGGGGAUUUUUAUUUGCUACGGAUGCACUUCAACACAUAGAUCUCUUGGAAUAUUUUUCUCUGUUUUCUUUAUUAAAAAUAUUUUUGAAAAUAUCUGCUUACAAUAUCUUUCCCAAGAAAAAUGCCAAAAUAACUACAUUAGACUAGAUUAGAAUUCGCCGUUCGUCUUUCUACAGGAUCGGUGGAUUUUCAUCCAAUAUGCUCAUCAUCCAGAAGGAAUCCUGCAGAUUUUUUCCCGACUCCACAGGAGAGUCUUGCAGAAACAAAGCUCCGAUGUCCUUAGGUCUUGAUUUCUCUGGGCGCGAUUCCAAAUAUUGUGCUUGUCCCAUGACAUCUUGCAGGUCUGUGAGGAUUAUGCACUCGCUAAUAUGUCCUUUCCAAAAUCAUCAGAGGUAUAUGCGAUCUUUAUACAUCAAUGAUACAGUAAUGGCUCCACCUAGGUUUCUCACUCAGGCUUUCCCUGCAAAUAAUGAGAAAAUUGCGCCAAGAGUUGAGCCGCAAUAUUAAUAAAUAGAAAAAUAACUAUAUAAAGUGCUUAAUUUUUUAAUCAAUCUCUUGGUACUCAUUUAAGCUUCGUCCGGUCUAGUGACUACGACAUGUGGACUCUACGUCAGUUAGCCUACCUCGAGCUCGCAGGAAACAAAAAAGCUAAAGAUUUCUUCAGAUCCCACGGUAUUCACGGAGCAGUUGACUAUUCUUCUCAAAUAGCUGAAAGAUGGAGAAACGAGCUCGCUGAAAACGUAGAAGAACUCUACCCACGAGCCAUCAAGCGAAAAGAAUCCCACACAGAAACCGAAGAAAACGCUAUAAAACCUAUAAUCCACACUCAAAUAGUCCAUAACGAAGAGAAAAAAGUGGAAGAAGUCAAACAAGAAGUCCCAAAAACAGCAGCCGUUGUAAAGCAGACUGUCCAUAUAUUAAACAAGCCUAAAUACACCCCGCCAACAGAAACACAGCAUAGGUUUAGAAAAACAAAAGUAGAAGAAACAGCGUCCCCUGCUAUGUUUAAGCCAGUCAGCUUUAAGCCACCUGUAGACGAAGAAGAAUUUUUUGACCCGCAGCCUCUUAAGCCUCCUGAAAGACAAGUCCCAGUUAUCUCAUCAGAACCAAUUGUCCCGCAGCCUGCACCAGCUGUAAUUCAAAAGAAAAAUGUAGAGAAAAAAGGCUUUGGGAGUGAAGAUUUUGAACAGAAAAGACUGACUGAGAGAGCAAAUAAGCAGAGAUUAGCAGAACUUUCGUCUGCAAGGGCAAUUUCUAGUGACAUGUACUUUGGAAGAGAAGAAAAUAAUGGAACAAGCAAUGAUAAUGCUGAGUAUAUUAGAGAAGAAGCAAAUAGGCUUGCAGAAAUUGCAAAGGAAAAAGCUGGAGAGGUAAUGAAUAUUUAGUUGAAAAACAAGGCAGUUAAUAUAUGGAAUAAUUUGCAUGAAAGGUUUGGGUCAUAG